GCUCCACUUGGUACGGCCCAGCGCGGGGAUCAUGGCGAUUGAUGGUGGAGAACGAACUUGCGGUGUACAUGAGCUAAUCUGCAUUAGAAAAGUGUCUCCUGAAGCAAUUGGAUUCCUGUCUGCUGUUGGGGUGUUCAUUGUUCUCAUGUUGCUACUUUUCCUAUAUAUUAAUAAGAAGAUGUGUUUUGAAAAUGUUAGUGGUUUCCCAGAUCUUGAUUCAGGAUACACUACAAGAAAGAAUUCACAAGAUAAACUUUACAACUCUUAUAUGAGUAAAGACCAGCAUGGUUCAUCAUCUGAGAGUGAAGAUGAAGCACUGGGUAAAUAUCAUGAGGCCUUGUCUAGAACCCAGAGUUCCAGGCUGCCAGUGGUGGAUGGCAGACAGCAAAAAAACUAUAUAUGGGAAACCAGACAAAAAUAUAGUCCCCUGUCUGCAGAAUAUGAUGGAUACAGUAGUGAAGCCUCAAUAGAUGAAGCAAACUGCAUUCAGAGGAUGAGAAGAACGCCUCCGCUAGAUGAACUGCAGCCGCCUCCAUACCAGGAUGAUAGUGGUUCUCCUCAUCUUUCAUGUACGCCUUCUGAAGUCGGAGACAGUAAAUGUGAAUUUUCCCAGUGUAGCAACAGUCCAAGGUGUUCGUAUAAGUGUCCAAGUGAGGGAAGCACAGGACACGAAAUAGAAAGCUUUCAUAACAAAGGAUAUGAAGAGGAUGUACCAAGUGAUAGCACAGCUGUCCUUAGUCCAGAGGAUAUGUCAGCUCGAGGAUCAUCUUCACAGCUUCCUAAACCUUUUGAUCCUGAGCCAGUAGCUAAAUAUGGCACACUGGAUGUGACUUUUGACUAUGACUCACAGGAACAGAAGCUUUUGGUGACAGUGACAGCUGUCACAGACAUUCCCACAUACAGCAGGACAGGUGGAAGCUCGUGGCAAGUACACCUAGUUCUUCUCCCUAUAAAGAAGCAGAGAGCAAAAACCAGCAUCCAGCGGGGACCGUGCCCUGUCUUCACAGAGACAUUCAAAUUUAAUCACGUUGAGUCUGAGAUGAUUGGGAAUUAUGCAGUUCGCUUUAGACUCUACAGCGUACGUCGCAUGAAAAAAGAGAGGAUUGUGGGAGAAAAGAUUUUUUACUUAACAAAAUUGAAUCUUCAAGGGAAGAUGUCAGUGCCAGUGAUACUGGAACCUUCUUACAGUCCGUCUGGUUGUGACUCUCAAAUGAGCAUGUCAGAAGUGUCCUGCAGUGAAAGUACCUCCUCUUGUCAGUCUCUGGUACAUGGCUCAGCUCCAGAAAUCCUCGUUGGCCUCCUUUAUAAUGCUACAACUGGAAGAUUAUCAGCAGAAGUGAUAAAAGGCAGCCACUUCAAAAACUUGGCAGCAAACAGACCACCCAAUGGACUGUUCUGUUGUCUAAAACACUUGAUAGGUGGACAGGUUUAUAUAAUCCGAGAUACAUAUGUUAAGUUAACACUGCUGAACUCGAUGGGGCAAGAGAUGUCCAAAUGCAAAACUUCCAUCCGCCGAGGACAGCCGAAUCCAGUAUACAAAGAAACCUUCGUUUUCCAAGUGGCACUGUUUCAGCUUUCAGAUGUGACGCUCAUACUCUCUGUAUAUAAUAAGCGCAGCAUGAAACGAAAAGAGAUGAUAGGGUGGAUUUCCUUAGGUCUCAACAGCUCAGGAGAAGAUGAACUCAAUCACUGGACUGAAAUGAAAGAAUCGAAAGGACAGCAAGUAUGUAGAUGGCAUACUUUACUGGAGUCAUAAUGGAUGCUACGAAGUGCAGUCGUGGUUUUAAGGGAGUUUGGUCUUUCCAGAAGAUGAUCAUCCCUGGGACACGAUCAGCAGAUUUGUUGUGGAAGUAAAGAAUGAAAAUUGAGGUCAACAUUCCAUCGUAAAGAACGCACAACAUGCAAAAUGGCGGGAUUUAAUAUAUAGCCUUCACUUAGUGUCAGACACUUCCUUGGUGUCAGAGAAGCCUUGCUGUACACAGAUACGUUAUUGGUCCCUCCCCCAUCCACCUGAUGCUGUAUUCGUUUGGGUUUGUUUUGUGGUUUUCAGAAACAUUUUAUGUAAGGUUCUCCAAAUUAAUGUAAGCUCCUCCUUGUGUACUUUUUGUAUUGCUCUAAUACUGUAGCUUCUGACCUGCCUGCAGUCAGAUUAAAGGUCAAUAAUUUGCACUUUGAUAAAAAGUUAAUGAUCUGUAGAGCGAAAGGAAAAGAAAAAAACCACCGGUGGAGAAGAACACUUAGUAAUAUAGCAUAUAUGGAUAUACUGUUGUUUUACACUGAGUUUCUUUCCAGGAGCUUAGUACAACUAAGUUUUCAUUUUUUGAUAUGCAGUUGGUUUGAAAAAUACUAGCAUUUGGGCAUCAGGUGAACUUUGACAUCAAACUAAUGUUUCUUCAAUCUGUGACAGGAACGAGCUCUUUAUAUGGCAUAAAUUGGGUUUUUCCCUCUUGCCUGUACUUCUGCCUGAUCCAAAGAGACCAGAUCAUUAGUUUGGUCCCUUCCAAAUCUCCUUAGACAGGUUGUACUGUAAAACUAUGUAACUUUCUGUUGAAAGCACUUCCUGUAUUCAUGUAUUCCAAUGUAGGAAGCUCAUAGAGCAUGACUUUACUAAAAAAAUAUUUUCGUUAAGCAAAUUGAUACAGAUUUCUUUAAAAUGUCAGCAGUUGGAAGUUAGGUUGAAAGCCUGUGAAGGAAGUGGCAGCAGUUGAACUACUCUGAAUGACACAAAAGACUGUGACUUUGGUUGAAAUAGGUAUCUGCUUGAGUCUCUUCUGAGCUGUUUUAGGGAUUACCAUAUGCUGUUGUUGGAAGUAGAGAGCAGACCAGGAGUUUUUACCUUUCUUCUUGGAGAAGAGAACAUCAGUAAGUUAUUUUUCUAGUGAUUUGCCAGCAAUUGAACGAAUGUUCACACCCAAAAUAAAGGUUUGCUUUGUUUAUAUUCAAGUUGGGAAACACAGCUUUCUAAUGACACAAUUGAGAAGCUUCAGUAUCUCAAGAAAGUUUGCCAUCUGAUAAACACUCAUGGCUUCCAUCUAAAUUAGGGAAAUAUCAGUGCUUCUGAGAUUCCUGUUUGUCCUAAAUACUUUAAUUGGAAUCACUCUAGUUGAAUGACUGCUGAAUCCAAUUCAUAUUAUUGAAAUUGUGGACUACUGAGUAAACAUAUUUUUAAAAAGCUUCCCAAUUCAAAUAUUCUUUUUGCCUGUAAUUACAAGUUUCAUUUAAUCUUAGUUGUUGCUGUAUGGAAACUGAUUAUUUUUCUUAUAAGUGAUGGUGACGUCUUACUAAUACGAGGCCUCACUGACUGUUGUAGCACUUGGUGGGUAGAAGAGUGAAGUUUUGGAUUUUGUUGAGAGAAUUAGUGGUAGCCUAGAGCAUUCUCAUUAGGACAAAUGUUUUUCUCUCAAAUUUCUUUAUAAUACUACCUUUGAACAAUCCUGGCUUCAGGGUAUACCGUCAAGUACAGUGAGAUCGGAGACAGUGAGUAUGCUAUAAUAAAGGUAUUUCACAUGGUUCUCAAAUUCUCACACAACUUAACAAUUUCAUUAAGCCCUUUUUGGUAAUUUCACUACUUGGUUUAUUUGGUGCCUUUUGAGGGAUUUAUUUGCAAAGCCAGGCUUUCAGUUUUUAUUGAUUUAAAGAUUUAAAACGUUCUUACAGGCCUUUUUUUUUUUUUUUUUCCUUCUGGUAUUGUGCUGCUGCUUCAUUUACAGAAGCUUUAUUUAGUAAAUAUAAAAAUAAUGCAAAAACUUUCUUUAAGCAGGAACAGUCAUGCAGUAAUACAAUAUGAGUUGUCUCUUUCAGUCCUUUUUGUUGUUCAGUUUGUGAAAUGUAAUGUUGAGUGUAGAAUUUAAUAAAAAAUCAACAUUAAUUUUAUAUGCAUAAGAAAAAUGUUCAGAUUUUCCCAAUCCUGUCAGCUUUCCAUAUAGUAGAAACUCUGACUUAGAAGCUGAUCAAAAGCAAUUUUUCAAUGGAUGUGGAAGUGUUUUCACUCAUUCUGUUUGUGGAUAUUUGGAUACUCUUUCCUAAAGGUGAAAGUUGGUUCUUGAUGGUUGUUUCUGUACAGGUUUUGCUUUAUAAAAUGAUGUACGGUAUUUAACAGCAAGAACUGAGCAAAUUAAUUCCAGUGGAGAAUGUACGUAACAUCACCAUUGAACAAAUGAAGAUAUCAGUUUGGAAGGUGAAGCAAACAACCUCUUACAGAACCAAACUAAACUGUAACAUGACUUGGGCUUCUGUUUGUAGGUUGCAUUGCUUCGGUUCUACAUCUAACCACUCAGAUUUCUAAGGCGCUGAAAUCUAAAUUUAGACACAGAGAUUUAUAGCAGUCUGUGUUGGGCACAUUUGGGAAAAGGAAUCUCUUUCUAGAUCAUGUGAUUUUCCCAAGGUAUCCAGGUUCAGUCGGUGCUUUGCAGGAAGUUUGCCUUACUUGGAUUUCUGCUGUGUGAAGGCUGGGAACUGAAUGUAUAAAGAAUGGAAAUGAAUGUUUAAUUUUGAGGCAGUAGAAUACGGAUUUGUCACGCAAAACUGGUCACACCAGUAAUUGGAUUCACCCUGGGAUUGUUAUGAUUUAGUUACAGUAUCAAUAGCUGUCAUGUUGUUUUUUCUUCCUAGAUCCCAUUCUUAUGAUUUGCUUGUCAUUUUGUUUUUCUUAUUGCUUUAUGCAAACCUAUACUUUUGUAUUUGAAAUCUGCCUUUAGAUAUUGGGGUUUUUUAAACCCUGUGUAAGGGCUUAUACAUACAGUGUGGUUUUGUGCAUUCAGUUAAAUCUUUAGCGUGGAACAGAAUUUCUAAAGAACAAAGUGUCCGAAGCAAAUUAGAAAGAGGCAUUUGUGUUUUCCUCAGAGUUGUCUGUGCUUUUUUUUUCAUAGCUUUUUGUUGUUUACCUUUGUUUGAAGGUACAGUUAGUACUUGGAAGAGUUUAUCAAAUUACUUAAUUACUUUUCUGUGUGCCAAUAUACCAUGUAGAGAUUACAGUUCUCGAAUCUGAUUCCUGACAACGUAGCCUUAAAUAAUUAUAGACCAGUGACGUGCUUACAGAUUCUAUUCUUGAAAACACUGCAUCCUUUCUGCGUAUGAUCUGUUUUGUUUAACGUUUAGAACAUUUCACAAAGUUUAUCUCAAAGAUAAACUCUUCUUAAAAUAUUAUGAGAAAAGCUGGUUGGUCCCUUUCUGUGGUAAGGGCGGGAUUGUCACGCAGCCUCUGCAGGACGUUGCUGUCUCCCACCUAUGUGGAGGCAGGCGAGGAGUCAGCAGAGCUGUGCUUCCAUUCCCCAUUCAGGGCAGGAGGAUGGCACUGGGGGGGUUCAAAGCUUGGUCCCCAUGGUGGUCCUUCAGGCUCAGGGCUUGAGACAGCCAUGUUGUAACCGCACCGCGAGGUCUGACUGCAGAGCAGAACUCAGGCAAGGUCUAAGUUCUGCUCCUGGAGAAAUAUGACGUAAUUUCUAAAUCCAGCUGAAGUCCUCUAACCUCAUUAGUAAUUAGAUUUCAAAAUAUGGUGAGCCCUUGGAAUGAAUGUGCUCUUACUGGAGCUGAACACUCUUUAUCAAUUAAGAGAAUACUUGAGCCAAAAGCAGAUUUCAUGGCAUUUACUGUAGGAGAUGUUUUCACCUGUAAAUUUUUGCAACCAGUCCUGAUGGCAAAUGCAGGGCCAGCAUCAAUACCUUCCCAUUUUUCACACCUUUCCAGCAAUAUGUUUUUGUUGUCUAAAAUUUGUUUGUGUUACUGAUUUAUCCUCUUUUCUCCCUAAUGACUUGCUCCUUGCAAACUCCCCAGCACCCUGAGAAGCUGUUUGUGGCAGUCACUGGACCACAGAAGUCAAGGGCACCCUGCACCUCUUACAAUAAGGUACUGGUGCCAAAUUGCUGUGACCUGUCUAACUCCCUAAGAUUUCUGAAAUGCAAACCAUCAAUUUUAAUGGAGUGAAGCAGGGGAAGAAAACUUUUUCUUUGAAGGAGGCAUUUUAAUGUAGGAAUUGAAUACAGAUCACUCUUACACAUAGAAGUUCUAAUAAAAAGCCUGUGGUAAAAUCAGAGAAUGAGGUUUGAGGGGAAGCCUUUUGGCCUGAGCUGUUCCAACCUGAAACUAAUAGCAGAAUGCCCUUUCAGUUAACUCAGAGCUGUACCAAACCCUUUACUUAUUCAUUACACUUUUCUGGAGGAAAAAAAAAAAGCUGUCCUAUUUAAAGCAGUCUUUAAUAUUAGGGCUUGUCAGUUGUAAGGCAGACUGACUUCCUCCUGAAGCUGAAUUGUCAGUACCAGCUAAACAUCCAUCUAAUUCUCCCACUGAGGAAUGGCAUGCCCACCAUUAACGUUAACGAGAGGAGCCCAUGGGUGUCAACAGGAGCGUGGACCUGACCCUGAAAGCGUGAAGUGCAACAGGAUGGGCAGAUUAGAGCAGUGGCACCGCAGGGCACCUGCAGCACAAUCACAUGGGCUUUCAAUUAUGAAUGGAGGUAAAAAAGCAAAUACUCAGAUACAAACGUGUUAUUUAAUCAUUAUCCCUUAUUUUUGUUUUCUCUUUUCCUCAGCUUCGGAAAUAUUUUUUAAAUUUUAAUAUUAAAAAUGUUAAAGCAACCCCCAAACAUCUUGAUCAUUUUGACUGGAGCAUUCAGCAAAGUUUAUUGUUGGAACAAGCCAUCAAGAAUGUUUUGUAUUUUGGUCUAUUGAACUCAACUGCCAGAUUUUGUAGCACGUCACAGCUGGAUUUCAGACUCCUUCUUCUGAUGGUAGUUUUUGAGGGGAAAGUCACGGGAGUGUUUGCUUGUCAGUGAGUGAAUCAACGCCUGAUGAAGAGAUGUCAUCUGAGAGUGAGAGCAUUUAAAUUAGAGACGGCUUCAUAAAGUGGCAGCGACACAAACUCCACUCUUGGAGCUUUGUGGCCCUCAGAGGGCCCUACUCAGAGAAACUGUGACACGUGAAUUGUAGGAGUUAAUACCUUCAAAGCGGCACAGCUCUGGGUGGGCACUCCAUGGUUUCUCAUCUAGUAUAUUUUACAGAUGUAAGCAGGGUAGAUAGUGUUUACUUGGCUAGGGUGAGUACCGGCUGGCCUAGGGUGACAGGGAUUAGUUUAGCCUUAACAAUUUAUCACUGCCCCUCCUUAAUUUCAAGCAGGGUUUCUUCCUUUCUGCAGACUCUGCAGAAAUCUUCUACACCCAACGUAUCCGCUUAUAUUAUGCCUACCCAAAUAGGGCACAAUUAUAUUAACGCUGGCAAGCUUAGUUCACGUGUAACGUGGUGUGACUGAAUUAAUCAACUGGUGGGAUACAUGCUGGAUUAGGAUUUGCUGUGCAGGCUUCUGCUGGUGUAAUAAAGAAAUAAGAUCCUUAUGGAGAGGAAUGUGUCAGGAGUCAGGAAAGCGGGUAGUACAGGUCCAGUAGGAAUGAAGACCAGGAAACAGCUAUGCCCAGAAAAGGGGCAAGGCUGGCUUGGUAGCAAGAAGAAUUCAUUCACUUCCUUGGAAGCAUCUGCUGGUAGAGCUGGCAUAAAACCUCCAAAAGCUGCCUGUCCCUGAGGACCCUACCCGGGAGAGCAGAAGCAGCAAUACCACACCACUGAAGGAAUACCUCAUGGACAUUCAGGGAUGUAAUUAAUGUCAUCCUUUUUUCUCUUAAAUCUGAGAAUGAGAGUCUUGCCCAUUGUAUCGAGUUAAUUUUUAUUUUUUUUUGUUUUUGCUGUGUUUUGCAAAUCCUGUGGACACAGACUGCAUGCCGAAGGUCUAAAGCGGAUUGCUUUAUAACUUUUGGUGCGUUUCCAAAGCAUGAGUUUGAAUGAAUUUACAGAAUUAAUUAGAAGCAUUAUCAUAGCUUUGAGAUGUAAUCUCUAGGCCAUAGUGCAAGCAAGGAGCAGGGCUUUGAACAAGUUUUGAUAGUAAAUUUUGCAAAUGGCUUAUUAUGACAUUUUAAGAAAAUUUCUAAGUAGUUGAAUGUAUUAGGGAAUAUUUACAAAAAAGGAGAUAGAACAAUGAUCUUUUCUUACUAUACAGCUAGUUUGCUGUCCUUUCCAGUAAACCAUAAGGUUCAUUAGUGCUCAGUACUGUUUCGUUUAUGAUAACUGUUUUUAAUGUGAUUUUCAUGACCAAGUGUAAUUAGUGAAACCUUUUACUCAAUUUUUCCCUUUCUUUGCUUUUUUUAAGGAGAGACUUCUCCUUAUAUAGUAUAUAUACUUUCUUACAGAGCUUUCUUACCUAUUUUUAUAUAAGAUGAUUUAACAAUGUAAAAUUAAAUGCUCUAUGAGCAAGCUAUAUCACUGUUACACAAUCUAAAGUGCUAAUAUAAUGACUAAGGGCCUGAACCUACUGCCUUUUACUCAGGUCCUGGUUUAACCACGUCUUUCAUGUUGUGCAGUACCUUUCCCUAUAAACGGUUCCAUCUAUUUUUCCAGGAUGACUCCAAGAAAGGCACUAUUAACAUGAAUAACAGUGGUAAAACCGAGCCUCCUCUCCACUCUUAGCGGGACAUCUGUCAUGAGUAAAGGCUGCUGGCUCUGUCCCAAAAGUAUAGUUAUAGAUUAUAGUUCCCUUGAUCUUCAGUAAUUUUGAACUUGUUUUCUGGUGACUAUAAGCUAAUAACUGAUCUUUGUGAAAACAAAUAUUGAGUCGUGCUGUUAUCAGCAAGAGUAUUAAAAUGUGUUUCACAUUUUAAUUCAUUCUUUCAUUGGGAUAUAAGGAAUUGAGUUUGUGAAGCGUUAUAUUGCAUAGAGAUAGCACACAUUCACCGCAUUUUUAAAAAGUAAGAAAUAUACAGUAUGUAGCAUUUUCUUGCAUACUUUUAUACUGCCUGUACGCCACCGAUGCACUCGGUGCCUUCUUUCUUUUGUAUAAAAUGAAUACAUAGAGAAACUAAAGCUAUCGUGCAUAAGCAAUGUCACUGCAACUGAAGAGUUGUCUUAACCUGAUUAUUUCUAGUGCAGGAGGUUUGAGGUGGCAGUUCAGUUUAACACGAUGCAUUUCUUUGGGUUUGAAGGUUUCCACUUCCCUUCCUCACCCCUCUCUCCCAGAAACCUCCCCAUACAACUGUUUAUUCUUAAUUGAUUCCUGUGUCUGAUGUAAGUCACAUGUUGUUAACCAAAGAACCAAGUCUGUUUCUAAUUCUUUGGAUAAAUAGUGUUUGGACUUUCUAUUACUUAAAGACAGAAAUGAUAGAAUGGAUCUCUUUGAACAAAUAUCAAAUUAGGCAUCUGUAAAUGCGAUUCACAGCUGAGAAUUCAAGAUACCUCUUUUCUGACUGGUUGUGCAUUAUUGUAUCAGUAGCAAAGUGUUUGAGUUGUAUUUCUUUGUGCAAUUUAAUCAAAAUCCCACCACAAGCAAAAAUAAUAGUAAGUCAGUGCUGUCAAAUUAGCUUGUUUUACCCAUUUUAUACCGGUAUCUGAAGUGUGCAACUUUGAGAAUAGAUUCGGCUUUUCUGCGUCUGAAGUCCUGGUAUUAUCUAAUAACUGUCUCGUGUGUGCUGAUCUUACAGAAACAGACUCAUGCUGCACUCUAUGUACAUUUCCUAAUUGUACCCUCUUCAUUCUCUUAUUUAUGUGAUAUAACACAGUUUUCAAUGACUGUUUCAACUUGAAAUUCCUUAAAUUUCAGUGCAUGUAUAGCCUUAAACAUUUAAGACACCAAGCACAGUUUUAAAGGGAAUAGGUUAUAUUUGCAAGUCCUGUUUGGCACAGAAAUCAGAUAAUUAUUUUUAUAUAGCAAUCAAAGAUUGUAGAAAAUGGGUAUAUUGCAGUCAUGUUAUCAACAAUGCUCCUAAUUGUAUGCAUUUUUAAAAAAGCAUUUUUGCUGAAGUUUUCAGAAGUGAAAUAUCAGUGCUCGUUUUCUUUCUUGAAUUUGCUUGUUUUGUUUUCGUGCUUUCAUUUCUGUACAGAACCUUGGAGCCCCUAACUAAUUCACUCCUAUUUUCAGAAUUCCUUGAGCUUCUUUUCUUUUCUGCUACAUUUCUAAGUUGAAUAAGAAGUAAUUAAAAUUCUCAAAUUUAUUUAUUUAUUUAUUUAUUUUACAUUUUGACAGUAACAUAAUUAGAGCAAAUGACUGUUUGCCAACUGUUUAUGCAGCUUAUUAAAGUCUUAGGACUUUGUUUGAAAGUGUCAUGAUAAUCCAAAUGAAGACAUACGUUUCAUGGCAUUGCAGUCCACAGUAGGUGAAAACGGGAGUUCUGGCGAUUAAAAUGCAGAUCUGCAUAUUGGGUGUCAGACUGUAAAUCCCCAGAGGGAUUUAUAAUUAAGUGUCACAUUUUAUCUACAGUACCUCCAGUUGUGUGUUGUCAGAUACUUGUUUUGUUUUCUUUAUUAUUACUUAGCAAAAAACUACUUUUAUCAUUUCAUGCUACUGUAUAUUAAUCUUGAGGGUUUCCAAUGUGUAAGAUUAGUUAAUGUUGUCGGUUCUCUUUCUGUGAAAAAAGCUGGACUCUCAGCGUACACAUCUCAUUACUAUUCUGAUUUUGGGGAGAGGCAAAAUGCCACCAGCUGUUUUCAGUUACCUGUACAGCACAGGUAGCUUUAAUCCCAUGUUGGUUUGAUUAAAACAUGCUAUAGUAUAUUUUCAAACCAUGCACCUGUCACAACAUUAAAAUAGUCAUUUUGCAUACCUGGAGCUUUGCAGCUGUGGAUUUGUAUUUUGUUUGCUCUAUUUGUAUUGUUUACUCUGUGAAAUGUAUUUUUGUCAGUUUGAGGACUGGAAUGGGUAUCCUUUGGUCAUUUCAAAGUAUUUUCUGUACGUGGAACUAGCUUUUUGCAUGUAAACUUAAUUGCUGGAAAGUAUUUGAAAAAAAAAAAAAGGAAAAAUCACUUUUAAAACCAGUUGUUGUCACUUUCCUUUGGAAUUCGUUAGAUCGUAAACAAAUGUAAUAGACUUCACUGUUUAGAAGAUAGUAACGCUUGGUCAACUGUUUGAACUGCUGUCUGUGCUAAAGAGAAGAAGAACUUUUUUAAUUUUGGCAAGGGAACUAAUCCUAGCCUUUACACACUUUUUGGCUCUGUUUCCAAAUUUCCUAAGUUAUCCCCAAUUGCCUUUCUGUUCCUCACAGUCUUCGUUGAUGUCAUGAAUCUUCUAUUUAGAGAAUUUUAAAUUAAGCAGUGUGAUAACGUUCUGACAAAUAUGAUGUGUAUACUGGCAAAUAAAGACACACUCAGGUGAUCGUU